AGUCGCCAUGAUACAGCAGCGGAAACGAGCGAGAAGUAGCUAGAAAACAAAAGAGAACACGCAGUCGUCCUCGCGAUCUGGUAUGCUCUUGCAGUGUUAUAGGAAUGCCCAAGGAAAAAUAUGACCCGCCGGAUCCCAGGCGGAUGUACACAAUUAUGUCAACCGAGGAGGCAGCCAACGGGAAGAAGUCAUACUGGGCUGAGCUGGAAAUCAGCGGCCGAGUAAAGAGUCUCAGCACAGCCCUGUGGUCUCUCACCCACCUCACUGCCCUGCACCUCAGUGACAACUCUUUGUCACGUAUCCCGCCAGACAUUGCCAAACUACACAACCUGGUAUACCUGGAUCUCUCAUCCAAUAAGAUCAGGAGCCUGCCGUCAGAGCUCGGUAACAUGGUGUCUCUCAGGGAACUGCUUUUAAAUAACAACCAGUUGCGGGUUCUGCCAUUUGAAUUGGGGAAACUGUUUCAGUUACAAACACUGGGGUUGAAAGGAAACCCACUUGCACAAGAAAUUAUGAGCCUCUACCAGGAACCUGAUGGCACGCGGAGACUGCUCAACUACUUGUUAGACAAUCUGGCAGGGGCUAUCAAGCGCAUACCAACAGAGCAGCCCCCAGCUCGGUCAUGGAUCUCAAUUCAGGAACCAGAUCGAGCGCGGGAUUCAGCGCUGUUCUCUGUGAUGUGCUACAAUGUGCUGUGUGAUAAAUACGCCACACGACAGUUAUAUGGCUACUGCCCCUCUUGGGCUCUGAACUGGGAGUACAGGAAGAAAUCCAUCAUGCAGGAGAUCCUGGGCUGCAGUGCAGACAUCAUCAGUUUGCAGGAAGUUGAAACAGAACAGUACUACAACUUCUUCCUGCCUGAGCUUAAGGAGCAGGGAUACGAAGGGUUCUUCAGUCCAAAGUCACGAGCCAGGACUAUGUCAGAGUCAGACCGCAAGCACGUGGACGGGUGUGCAAUUUUCUACAAAUCGGAAAAGUUCAGCGCAGUGCAGAAGCACACAGUGGAGUUCAACCAGCUGGCCAUGGCUAACUCCGAGGGCUCCGAGGCUAUGCUGAACAGGGUUAUGACAAAAGACAACAUCGGGGUGGCCACACUGCUUGAGGUCCGCAAAGAGAUGAUGGAGGCCUCCUCUGGAAAGUCCCUCCAUGGCAUGGAGAAACAGCUGCUCCUGGUAGCCAAUGCCCAUAUGCACUGGGACCCUGAGUACUCUGACGUCAAGCUGGUGCAGACGAUGAUGUUCCUGUCAGAGGUGAAGAACAUCGUGGACAAGGCAACACGCAGCCUCAAGUUGUCAUCGGUCUCUGGUGAGACCAACGCCAUUCCACUGGUGCUGUGCGCUGACCUCAACUCUUUACCUGACUCUGGUGUUGUGGAGUACCUCAGUUCAGGUGGAGUGGACUGCACCCACAAGGACUUCAAGGAGCUUCGAUACAGUGACAGUCUGACCAAAUUCAACUGCAAUGGCAAGAGCAGCACGUCCAACGGCAGGAUUACCCACGGCUUCAAGCUAAAGACCGCCUACGAGAAUGGCCUGAUGCCUUACACCAACUACACCUUUGACUUUAAGGGUGUCAUCGACUACAUUUUCUACUCGAAGCCUCACCUGAACGUGCUGGGUAUCUUGGGCCCCCUGGACCCCCACUGGCUUGUAGAGAACAAUGUCAGCGGCUGCCCACAUCCCCACAUCCCCUCCGACCACUUCUCCCUCUUCGCCCAGCUGGAGCUGCUCCUGCCCAAUUUGCCCCCCCAGGUCAAUGGGCUCCAUCUGCCUGCACGCAGGUAGUGAGUCCCUGCCGCACCACCAGGGGGAGCUGCCACCACAGCCACCCCUUUUUUUUCAGCCGCCCUCCUCCCUCCCACUACCAGCUCUUCCUUCCACCACAGAGGAGGAGGAAGACAAAAAAACACAACCUGUAAAAUAUAUUCGUACAGUGAGGUCUGGCCGACAGGGAUUUCGUAAAAUGUUAUAGAUAUUCUAUAUUUUUUUCUUUUUUCUUUCUCUGUUUUUCUUUUUGUUCUUUUUUAACUGCUCAAUUCAGUCCUGUUUGUGUAUCAUAUUUUGUGUUUUGGACUCCCUUUUUCCUCCUGAAUUCCACCCACCUACCCACUUUGCUUCUGUCUUUCAAACUAGAGGGGAUGGUAGCUCAUUCAGAUUUGUCACAUGGGGCGCUGUUUGGUUUUUAAGAGCAACAAGGAAACCUAAAAGUGUCUGAGAGGAUGAUAUUGACCAGAAAAGCUGAUAGUCUGCCUGUCUGUCUGUCCUGUAUAAAUCUGAAACCAGCAAAGACAGCAGACUUGUCAGUCUAAGACCUCCAUCAUUGGCUUUUGCAUGUUUUCUCCGGUACUCUCUCAGUGGUUAUAUGAUACAAACAUUUGUUGUUGUUGGGUUAGAGCAGCUUUAGCUGGUAGUUAAACAUCCCCGGAGGUGGAUGUAGCGCAGCUCGCACGAGGUGAGAUAUCCUGCUGUCAUUCAGUGGUGCUGAGGCCUUUUGUGUGGUCAUGGCCUCCCAUGGUGCUACAAGAUAGUCUUCACCUCUGACCCUGAUCCCUGCUGCAUCAGCUACCAAACCCACAGAUGCCUCAAAAACCAGACGUCCAAGGACUACACUUGUCUGGUUUUUACAUCGGCGGUGUUCAGUGUGAAAUUUGUGUAGGAAGGAUAUGUGAGAAACUGAGAGCAGCUACCAUCCUGUUUGCAGACUGUUUUCACCCCAGCUUGUAUAGAUGUUAGGCUAGUCUUGUGCUUAGGAGCUCACCGUUUUUUGGUCGAGGGUACAGGGGAUUUGGGCUGAUGGGCAAAGCGUUGAGGGGUUUUCACGAAUCUUUUCUUUGUCUUGAUUGCUUUUAUAGGCAGAGAGAGCGAGUCAUUGCUGAUACACAGGAGUAAAAAACCAGCAUUCCUCUCACUGUCUGGAGUUGCCAUCUGACUCCACACAUGCAAGCUUACACACAGACACAGACACACACACACACACACACACACACACAGACACACACACAGACACAGACACAGGUAAUUUUGCAGGCAGAUCUGUAGCACUGUCUCUUGAGGCCAGUAGUGACUUUCCCCAGCCAUAAAAUCCAUACACGAAAAGCAGUGGUUUUUUUCACAAGUGUUUGUACAGAAUAGAAAUCUAGACUCAGUCUUUACAUGAUUGUAUAUGAACCACAAAAGACCUGUUUUCUGGCGUUUUUUGUACUAAGAGUAAAUUAUGAUCAGAUUUGAAAAAAAAAAGCAGAUUGUAUUGUAAACUAUGGCUAAAUUUUUAUCCAGUUAAUGUUAAGAUGAAUUGAUAUUACCAGCUUGUACAAAAGACGUAAGAAGAGGUUGUUCAAGGCGUUCGCUGUCACUACUUUGCACUCCCUUGAGGUUAACUGUAAUUAAUGUAUCAGUAUUGUUUUGUUCUCUCUCCCCCCCCCCCCCCCCCCACCCCACACUUCUCUCUGCUGUUGGUUUUGAUUUGCCGGCACAUUGCUGCAAUUGUAAAUAGACACUUGAGUAAACUUCUGCCUGUUGCUUCCCAUUAACAAAGCCAUUGAUCCACACUGCUGCCAUCAGUCCCGACAAUAAGAACCCUCCAGUGAUUCCACAUCUGUUCAUGUAUAGAUCUCACACUCACUCCCAUUAGUGACGCGUGACCGAUACAAAAUCCCACCUGUAUAACUAAACAUUGUGCCUCACUGUAGCAGUUGUCGUUGUCUUGCACUAUUUUACAUUUGACGAACGCCUGAACAACCUUUUCUGCUUUUAUUUUUAAAUACUGUUGAGACAUUUGUGAAGAUUUUAUGUCCUUUUAUUGGUUUUUGUUAAUGUUGAUUUCCUUUUUUAUGAGCUGUGACAAUGUUAUGACGAUGUGUAUAUCCUUCCUAUUCAUCAAGCUCUCUAGUAAUCAGGUAUGCUAUCUUCACCCAUCCUCUCUCUUCCCCUCAAAGAACACGGAGUAGGAUGUCUAAUCUUUAUUCAAUCCACUCUUCCUGUAUUGUUUUGAUCCCUCUUUGUACCUUAGCACAGCUCCAUGCCCAGAUCCCCCCCAAAAUUCGCAGCCCCCUUGGCUCCUUCCCUGGCCCUGAAUUUUAAAUCACCUUAAGCCUGUCUGUCACCCCACACCCCCACCCCUGAACCGCCCAACCUCAGACUUUGUUGACCCCCUUUUCUUACUCAAACUGUGUCCUUUAAACCCUUUUGCUCAACCACUUUGUAUAGUUCUUAACCCCUCGUCAUUGCAGCUAUAGUGCCAUCUGUGGACCCCCUACCUCUGUAUGGGAAAGGUGGAGGGCCCACUUAGCUCUGCUUUGAGAUGAAGGGGGGAGGAGGGGCAGUUAGCUCAGCUAUUUCUCUCUCUCUGGAAAGCCGGACAAACACAUCCCAAACAAACAAGCAAAGUCUAUCAGUGGUUAGCCGAUUGUUUCCACAGCAAUGCUUUUACACAGCUACGACGGAUCAUGAGCACUUAUUAAAUUCAGAUGCAGCUCCCCUCACUCCUUGUUUCAUCUUGUUAGCAAACAAAGAUCUCAUUACUCUAAUGUAUAUGUUGAAAAUGAAAUUUUAAAAGCAAGAGGGAGGCAAGAAAAUAGGAAGUGUAAGUUAAGACCUCAGAACAACGUCUCUUGUCCCGUUUCUUUCCCCCUUCAUGUUUUUUAACCUUUUUUUUUUUUUCUUUGUUUUCCAAUGGAAACCAAUGUGUCCAGUUUGAUUUAUUUUUUUCUGAAUGGCAUUAGUAAUGUAGUAGAUUUAAAGGCUAGCUUUUUUUGUAAAGUGUGAAUAAAAGAUGUAUCUCAUGUUUCCUUUCUAAAAAGAUAUUGAAUUGUGUUGUUGAUGUGUAAAUCAUGAAUUCUAUGACGGUGUUCUGUUUGCUGCUUUGUUUAGACUUUUACGCCGAUAUAUUUCUUUCCCCAUAUACUCCCCAUCACAAAACCAAAUCCUCUGUAGAAACCAUGAGACAUUGUCUUGAUGAGUUGAAUGUUCCUGAUGAUGUCUCGUAGAAUGAAGGAUUGAGCGCUUAUUGGAGGAAGAACAACCUGUAUCAUUGGUAUCAGUAAAAACUUUCAGCACAGGGAUAUUCAGUUUUUGUUUUCUUUUUUGUUUUUUGUUGACUUCUCAGCUUUAUGUUGGAUGUUGGCACUAGCUGGAGAGUGCUGGUUCCUGUAGGUUAGGGCAGCAGAGCUGUCUUACUCAUGGCUGCAGUUCAGUUCUAGAGAAAACUGUUCUGACCGGUGUAAAAACGUGUUUGUAAGACUAAGCUAACCACCUGCCGCUGUUUACUUUACUGGUCCUGUGACGAUUUUGAGUACUACUAGUCCAUCUUUCUAUUUUUGUGCAUCACAGUGAAAGUAAAAUCGAUUACACUAGCUAGCUACUGUUGAUAGUCACUGAUUCGACUCUAUUCCGUCGCCCCUCCCCGUCUCAUCCCUCUCCCUUGUUAAACUUCAGACUAUGGCUUCAGACUGAGAAUCUGGCGAAUCACACGGCCGAGUUAUGUCACCUUGUGAGCCUCGGCGAGUGAUCACGUUGUUAUCUUUGUACUUUUCAACUGUUGCAUUGUGUUUCAUAGUUGGCUUGUUAGGCGUAGGACGAUUUCCCAGGCUGCAUCUCUUUGUAAUGGUGCACACCAAAGCUGCUUGUAGUUGGGUUCUCUGUUGUAGAGCGACUUCUUUUCAACCACCACCCCAAUCAUAGUCUUCAUGAAAUGUUAGGGCUGCUAAGGAAAGCACGGUACUUUUGUCCUUUUCCUUGAAUCUCACAAACACCUUAUAUCCAUAUUCCUGUUGGUUUCAUUUUUGAAUGCAUCCUUUUUCCCCCAAAACACUUGGCAAUAAUACCCAGAAACAUUCAGACACAUUCAGAAUGGGGUUUUUUAAAAAAUAUUUUACCUGGAGAUAAAACAAUGUAGCUAUUACAUCUUAAGAUCUGUGGUUGUAUUCUUUGUUUUGUUCUUGAACUCAACAUCUUCAACCUUCUAGACCCCAAAAACCCCUUUAUAGAACCAUCCUGUCUUUUAUCAUCCAUCUUGUAUAUUUCUCAUCCACCCCUGCCGAUCUAGUGUUAGUUGUUCAAUGAUCAGGAUUGUCUUUCUGUAGUCAGCUGAGUACAUAUAUUGAUCUGUGUCACUGUGUUUAUGCACUGGACCAAUUAUUGUUUACCAUUCAUGAAAUACCAGCAAAAAAAAAAAAAAGAGAAGAAUAACGACAAAACACUUGCACAAUGUUGUAGAAUGUCCAUUAACCAAGGUGAGAAAUCAAGGCAGCUGUUUUCAAAUCAACACAUACUGUUUUAAAAAGAAACUGAAUGGUAAACAAUGCUUUCUGUUCUACCCCUUAGCCGUCCUCUUGAUUCUCUUUGGACUAGUUUUGUUUCUUUUGAUUUUACUUCUUCCGUUUGACUACAGGUUCUGCUUGUUUCCUUUACACCUACCUAUGUAUUUUCCUACUUCUGGUUGAAAAAUAAAUUCUAUAUUAUCUGUUUCAA